AUGCCAGGUGAUUUUCAUGAAUCGGAUCCCGAAGGGGAAUUGUUAUCGCCAACGGCUAAAAAACCCCGUGGAGGACAAAAAAGAAAGUUCGGCGCAGGAACCGCGAAGACCAGCCAAACAAUACCCGCUAGGCUCAAAUCUCUGGAAUCUACGGUCAUAUCGCUGAAACUGCUUAUCGAAGAGCAACGGAAGACUAUCACAGAGCAAGGACAGAUAAUCGCGGAGAUUCGAGGAAUGUCAAAGAUCACUGGAAUUGAUAAUGAGGAUUUCCUCCGCGAAUUUCCUCCGCUCAUGAGUUCACUCACACGAAAAACCAGCCCAAAGCAAUGUGCACUGUAUAAUGAAGUUGCCAAGAGAAAUCCAAAAGUCGUGGAGGUAUCGAACCGUCUGAAUCUAGUCACUGAUAUUAUUGCAUUCAACAAGAAAAGCUGCACCGCUGUCAUAGAGAAUUUGCCGGAUAGCAAGGAAGAAAAUCAACAGGACCAGGAUAAGUCUCUUAUUUCUAAAUUUUCUUCAGAUUGUUCUCUCCCUAUUCCCACAGAAAUUUUUCGUGUUAAAUGCAAAAACGAGUCCAGUAUCUCAAGACCCACUAAGGUCCGUUUUGGUAGCCAAGUGGAAAGAGACGAUUUCUUGAAAGGUUUUUACGGAAGCUGGGUCAACUACGCAGGUCGAAAAAUGGGGCCCCGUCCUGUUAGAGCGCGGCGCGAUAUGACUAGGGAAGAACUCAAUGUUCUAUACGCCAUUCGGAAGGAGGUCUACGAUGCCAACACAAAGGCUGGUCAAAUCAAGUUUGUCGUUCACGAUUUAAAAAUCGUGGAACUCAAAACCCCGCGCCCUCUUCCUCCAGCCAAGCCUUUGCCUCCGGCCUCUUCAACCGCUGCUCCUGCAGCUCCGGCUUCCCUUGCCUAG